UGGCUGUCUAGUCUAUUUUGUAAACAUCAGCAGAUCAUUUGGGCAUGAAAAUAUAUUUUCCAUUUUAUAUUGCGAUUUCCUUGUUUGUAAAAGAGUGAUAUAACAAAUAAAUACAGUAUAAUGUCUUCCAAGUCUAUUGAAACUACAUUGAAUCCCGAUACAUACUGGGAUUCGAUAAAUAUUUUGGUAUCAAAGCCACACGUUAUCAACAAGAGGUUAUGGGGCAGCAAAUUAUGGUUUAGAUGUAGUGGAAAGCAAAACGUUUUGGCUUCAACUGAACUCCUAACAAUUAGUCCACUGAGUGAAUCUGUUACUGAUGACAAUAUUGAAAUAUUUAAGAACCAAAUACUGAAAGACCUUAACAUUGAUAGAGUAGUUGAAUCUGAAGAUAUUGAUAACACAAUAGAAGUACUUCUCAUAGAAUUGCUUCCAAAGAAUUAUUCUGACAGUCAGGCUUAUCAAAUUGUGUGUUUGCAAAAAGAAAAGUCUACAGUCACAUUUUAUAAUGUAACACCACUUAGCCUAGAACAGAAAAUAUGUCCUGAUUUUUCAUAUUGUAUAUUUCUGUCUAAUAAUCAAAUCACGUUAAGAGCUAAAAGUGAUGAAACAUCUAAGUCUUAUAAAUGGCUUGCCAACACACUGCUUCCUCAACUUAUCAAGUGGGGAACUAAUCCCAUUAAUGAUGAAGCCAAGACUAAUGUAAUAUGUUCUGAAUCAUUGUCAUUAGUUUCGCAAACUAAGUAUUAUGAAAAAUACAAUGAUUUGAAGAUAAAAUAUGGAAAAGAAAUGGUCAAGAUCUGGCCAGAAUGUACAGAUGCAACAAAAUUUGUGUAUGAAGAUGUUGCAAUUGCAGCAUAUCUGUUGCUUCUAUGGGAGGAUGAGACGGGCAACAAGAAAUCUUUUGUUGAUUUAGGAUGUGGAAAUGGUCUACUGGUGUACAUACUAACAAAAGAAGGUCACACUGGAAUAGGCUUAGAUGUUCGAAAAAGAAACAUCUGGGAUAUGUACCCAUCUGAUGUGAUAUUACAAGAAAAAACUAUAACACCAUCUGAUGCAUCAAUAUUUCCUGAUAUGGACUGGAUUAUUGGAAACCAUUCCGAUGAGCUCACACCUUGGAUACCAGUCAUUGCAGCCAAGAGUUCAUAUAAAUGCAAUUUCUUUCUACUCCCUUGUUGUGCUUAUAAUUUUGACGGAACUAAAUAUCAACGUAAAAACUCAUAUAAAAGCCAAUACAAUGAUUAUUUAGAUCACAUAAAACAUUUGUGUGAAGAUUGUGGUUUUAAAAUAGGCAUAGAUAGGCUUAAGAUACCUAGUACUAAGAGAAUAUGCUUAGUCAGUAGUAGCAGAAUAUAUCCAGAAGAAGAAUAUACAGUGUACUGUAAUAAAAUUGAUGAAAUAAUAAGCAAAGAUUCUUCUAACACAUCACACAACAUAAAUAUAGAUAAAGAAUUUAAAGCCAGAGAACCAGUUGAAAGGGUAAGAAAUUGCACUCAAAUUGAUAAAGGUGUGGUGGACUCAAUAGUUGAAUGCAUUAGCCGAUACUUGUUAGAGGGAUGCACAGAGUCAGACCCCAAAUGGUCCAUUGGAAGAAAAGCUGAAUUCAAUGAACUAGUUCAACUUAUUCCUCAAGAACAUUUAAAUAUAUUGAAAUCUGAAUGUGGUGGAAUACAAACUCUUCUGAAAAAUAAUCACAAUAUUUUUGAAGUCCAAUCAGGAAAAGUUGGACUUAGAUAUCCAAAAACAAUAAAUGAAGUCGUAAGUAAUAGUAGAAAAAGAAAGUUAAAACAAAUGCCUAUAAAGGUGCAGCAGAAGAAAUGUUGGUUUUAUAACAAUCAUCCACAGGGGUGCCCCUUGAGUGAUGAAAACUGCAGUUUCCUUCAUGUGAAAAUAAGAUAAAAAAGAAAAUAAUAAAUCAAAGUUAUAAAAAAUA